AGAGCGAGUGAGACCCGCGGCCCUGGCCGGGGACGACCUGGGCUGCAGCCAUGGAGGACCAGAGGGAGGCUCUGCGGAAGAUCAUCACGACACUGGCUGUGAAAAAUGAAGAGAUUCAGAGUUUCAUUUACUCCCUCAAGCAGAUGCUGUUGAACGUGGAGGCGAACUCGGCCAAGGUGCAGGAGGAUCUGGAAGCCGAGUUCCAGUCCCUCUUCUCCCUCCUGGAGGAGCUGAAGGAGGGCAUGCUCAUGAAGAUAAAGCAGGACCGUGCCAGCCGCGCCUAUGAGCUGCAGAACCAGCUGGCUGCCUGCACGCGAGCUCUGGAGAGCUCUGAGGAGCUUCUGGAGACAGCCAACCAGACCCUGCAGGCCACGGACCGCGAGGACUUUCCUCAGGCUGCCAAGCAAAUCAAAGAUGGUGUGACAAUGGCCCCCGCCUUCCGGCUGUCAUUGAAAGCCAAGGUCAGCGACAACAUGAGUCACCUCAUGGUGGACUUUGCACAGGAGCGGAGGAUGCUACAGGCACUCACGUUCCUGCCUGUGCCUAGCGCCCCUGUGAUCGACCUGGCCGAGUCCCUGGUGGCCGACAAUUGUGUAACCUUGGUGUGGCGCAUGCCGGACGAGGACAGCAAGAUUGACCACUAUGUGCUGGAGUAUCGGCGGACCAACUUUGAGGGCCCGCCCCGCCUCAAGGAGGACCAGCCCUGGAUGGUCAUUGAGGGCAUCCAGCAGACAGAAUACACCCUGACCGGUCUCAAGUUUGACAUGAAAUACAUGAAUUUCCGUGUGAAGGCCUGUAAUAAGGCAGUUUCAGGCGAGUUCUCUGAGCCAGUGACCCUGGAGACACCAGCGUUCAUGUUCCGCCUGGAUGCGUCCACAUCCCACCAGAACCUGCGGGUGGAUGAUCUCUCCGUGGAGUGGGACGCCAUGGGCGGGAAGGUGCAGGAUAUCAAAGCUCGCGAGAAAGAUGGCAAGGGGCGGACGGCGUCUCCCGUCAACUCCCCAGCCAGAGGUACUCCAUCUCCCAAGAGGAUGCCCUCGGGUCGUGGGGGACGGGAUCGCUUCACAGCUGAGUCCUACACGGUGCUGGGGGACACGCUGAUUGACGGCGGGGAGCAUUACUGGGAGGUGCGCUACGAGCCGGACAGCAAGGCUUUUGGCUUGGGGGUGGCCUACCGCAGCCUGGGCCGCUUCGAGCAGCUGGGCAAGACAGCCGCGUCCUGGUGCCUGUAUGUCAACAACUGGCUGCAGGUCAGCUUCACUGCCAAGCACGCCAACAAGGCCAAGGUGCUGGACACCCCCGUGCCCGACUGCCUGGGCGUGCACUGCGACUUCCACCAAGGCCUCCUGUCCUUCUACAACGCCCGCACCAAACAGCUGCUGCACACCUUCAAGGCCAAGUUCACACAGCCGCUGCUGCCGGCUUUCACGGUGUGGUGCGGCAGCUUCCACGUGACGGCAGGCCUACAGGUCCCCAGCUCUGUGCGCUGCCUGCAGAAGCGGGGCAGUGCUACCAGCAGCUCCAACACCAGCCUCACCUAG